AUGAAGGUGCGGUUUUCAAUUUGGGGCAUCCUCUGUGUCCUUGGAGGAUUUUUGUACCAUCUUGCCCUCGGUUACUUUUACACUGUUGGAAAUAUGAUCCCAUAUGUUGUUUCAUAUAUGGGGAUCAAAUCAAGCGAAGCUGCGUGGUUCUCAUCUACGCUGCUUGCACUUCAGGCGGUUUUUAUGCCAACUGGAGCCAUUUUAGCUACAAAGUUGGGAUACAGGCCGGUAUUUAUAAUCGCGAUGGUUUUUAGUGCAGGUGGAAUUUUGCUGACCCGCCUGACUAUUGAUUACGGCCUCGGCCCUUACAUCGCGACUUAUUGCAUUCUCAAUGGCAUCGGUAUGGGAGUUCCUUAUUCAGUCAUCUUCUCAGUUGCAUCAUCGUGGUUUCCGGAACAUCGGGCUACAGUUGUUGGUAUUAUUUCUUCUGGAUUCGGUUUGGGUGCUCUUGUCUUUACACCAAUUCAAACUGCUAUCAUAAACCCAAACAAUCUUCCUGUUAAUGGAACCAAGUUUCCACCUUCUGUUGAGGAAGGGAUCCCGAUGGCUUUCAUAGUCCUUGGUGGCAUCGUUCUUGGCCUGGAGUUAAUCGGCACAAUUUUGGACGAUGACGAAACUGCUAUUAGUUUGACCAACAGCACCGCAGAGGUCAAAAAGAAAACACUUAAUGUUCCGAAAAGCUACACAGUCUCCGAGGCACUAAAAUCCGUGGAUUUUUACCUGCUAUGGUUAAUUGCCUUCUGCGACAUCAUUCCGGUCUACGGAAUUCGCAGUGCCUUCGAUGAUCAGUUUCUCUCGGCUAUCGCCACAACCAGUGCAGCCUUCAACUGCCUCGGUCGUGUAUUCUGGGGCCACAUGGUUGACCGCUUCUCCUCUAAGUGUCCACUUAUGUGCUUCUUGGUGAUGUGGGGAAGCCUAUUUGUGACCUUCCCCUACGUGGCCGUGGGAGCAGCUGGCAAGACUCUCUACGCCAUUUGGGUGUUCGGCCUAUUCUUUGCUCUCUCAGCACAUUUUGUGAUAAUUCCGGGUACUUGUACUCGUGUCUUUGGUCCUGCCAACAUGGCCACAAUCUACGGACUUAUCUACUUCGCCUCGUGUCCCAGUUCUCUUAUCACCGCAGGAGUUAUCUCUCAGUUCGACAUUCUAGGCAAGUGGAUUGCAGUCUACACGGCUUGUGCCUGUGCCUGCCUCCUUUCCUUCACCAUGGCUCUAUUUAUUCGAGACAGGGACGCACACUGCGUAGGUUUCACGAAUAAAUUUUGUGCCGCUUUGUGCGAUCCCUACCGCAAGACGAUUUACAAUGCCUCCGAGCAGGAGGAAGAGGGGCACGAAGAAGAAAGAGGAGAGGGAGAAGAGGCCGGAGGAGACGUUGCUUAA